GUUUUAAACGUCUUGUAGUUCUGUUUCAUUUCAUUUGAAUUUGAAAUUUGAAUUUUCUCAUCGUUUUACUGUAUUUCUGUUAACUGUCUCUUAAUAGAAAUUGUUCUUUAAGUUGAUAAUUUAUUGAAUAUUUCUUGAAUUCAUAAUAUACUGCAUCUGCAAUCAAUUCAGUUGUGUUGUAUAAUUGUGAACUCAGUAGAUAUAUAUUUAAAGUAAUAAUCAUGAGUGCAUUGAUUAAUCGUCGUAAGCGAAUUCGAUUGAAUUCAGGUGUACCCAAUGAAGAUGAUGCUUCUCCUAAUGUAACCGAUAGUGCUCCUGACAAUAAUGUAUCUGAGGAUAAUGCAACACCAAUGAAAGAGGAAAAUGAUUUUGAAUUGGACUCCGAACAAGAUGAUCCAACAGGUUUGGAAGGAGCAGCAUUUCAUAGUCGUCUACCUUUUGAUAAAAUGACUUCAAAUGAAGCUUACUGUUUUUCGGAUGUGGCUCAUGGUCCUACACAAACUCAGAAGGUUUUCUUACACAUUCGUAAUCGAUUGUUACAACAAUGGUUGGAUAAUCCAAAACAACAAUUACUUCUUGAAUCUGCUUUGCCAUUAAUUGAACCACCUUUUAAUACUGAUAAAGCUCUUAUCCAACGAAUUUAUGCAUACUUAGAGCGUCAUGGAUUCAUAAACUUUGGAGUAUUUAAGAGAUUAAAACCUCUACCAGUAAAGAAAAUAGGAAAAGCUAUUGUUAUUGGUGCUGGUAUUGCUGGACUAGCUGCUGCUCAACAAAUGCAACAAUUUGGCAUGGAAGUUGUAGUUUUAGAAGCAAGGGAUCGAGUUGGUGGGCGCAUAGCUACUUUUCGUAAGAAUAGUUAUGUUGCCGAUUUGGGUGCAAUGGUAGUUACUGGUCUUGGGGGAAAUCCAGUUACAGUACUAUCUAAACAAAUCAACAUGGAACUUCAUCGUAUACGCCAAAAAUGUCCUCUAUAUGAACCUGGAAAAGUUAAUGCAUUGGUAUCUACGCAAGUUCCUAAAGAAAAAGAUGAAAUGGUUGAGAGAGAAUUUAAUCGUCUUCUGGAAGCUACUAGUUAUUUAUCUCAUCAUUUGGAUUUCAAUUACUGUGAUGGAAAACCUGUUUCUCUAGGUCAUGCUUUAGAAUGGGUUAUAAAAUUACAAGAGAAACAUGUUAAAGAAAAGUUGAUUCAAUACAUGAAAAAUGUUGUAGCUUUACAAGAACGACUGAAAACAAAUUAUAAAAAGUUACUUCAAGUGGAAGAAACUUUAAAAGAUUUAUCUGUGCAACAAAAAGAAAAUGCUGAAGAAAAAGCUAAUGAUGCUAGUUCAAAUUUUGCGUACCUUGCUGCUACAAGAGAGAUGGCUCUUAAUGUUAAACAAUGGGAUGAGUUAAUAGAAGAAAAGAAUGAAAUCGAAGAAAAACUAAAGGAGAUGGAAGCAUCUCCACCAAGUGAUGUAUAUCUAUCAACUAAAGAUCGUCAAAUUUUGGACUGGCAUUUCGCAAAUUUAGAAUUUGCCAAUGCUACUCCACUUAAUAAUCUGUCAUUAAAACAUUGGGAUCAAGACGAUGACUUUGAAUUUACUGGAAAUCAUCUAACAGUGCGAAAUGGUUACUCGUGUGUACCUGUAGCUUUGGCAGAAGGUCUGGAAAUUAAGUUAAGUACUGCCGUCAAACAAAUUACUUAUGGCCCAAAUGGUGUGGAAGUUUCAACUACUAAUCCUCGAUCAAACACAACCGGAGCUGUAUACAAAGGCGAUGUCGUACUCUGUACACUGCCUUUGGGCGUAUUGAAGCAAUCCACAAACAAAAAGACUCAGUCGCUGCCGAACACUGUACAAUUUUCGCCACCGUUGCCCGACUGGAAAGUUGCCGCCAUUGAACGUCUGGGUUUCGGUAACCUCAACAAGGUGGUGUUGUGCUUCGACCGCAUUUUCUGGGAUCCCAACGGCAAUUUGUUUGGUCACAUCGGCAGUACUACAGCCAGUCGCGGGGAAAUGUUCUUGUUUUGGAACCUAUACCGUGCGCCAGUACUUUUGGCCUUGGUCGCUGGCGAGGCGGCCAGUGUCAUGGAAGACAUAUCGGAUGAAAUCAUUAUUUCCAGGUGCAUGUUAGUGCUGAGAGGGAUAUUCGGGACAGCAAACGUUCCAGAUCCGAAGGAAACCGUCGUUACUCGCUGGAGAGCAGAUCCAUGGGCGCGCGGGUCCUAUUCGUUUGUGGCAGUAGGUGCCUCCGGCUCCGAUUACGACUUGCUAGCGGCUCCCGUUUCGUGUUCCCGGAGCACGGAACCCAACACGAGUUCAAACCCGACUGACGGAAGCGAACGGCUCUACUUUGCCGGUGAACAUACUAUACGUAAUUAUCCGGCUACGGUUCACGGCGCUUUUCUUAGCGGUCUUCGCGAGGGUGGAAAGAUCAGUGACAAGUUUUUGGGAUGUCCAUACGCAGCGCCUACAUCAAAAUAAUCAAAAUAAUUUCAAUUUGCAGCCAUUUUUUACGUAGUAAAUUUUUUUUUUCAUAAACAAUUAACACUUAUUUAUGUUUUUUUUUUUUUUUACUGUAAUCGAUGUCGUUGAUUUCAAUUUUAAUACUUAUAUUCAUUAAUUAUAAGCAUUAUUUGCCAUUUUUUUUUCAAUUUCAAUAAUUUUAGCACUUUAAGUUUAUUUUAUAAUGCACUACUUAAUCAAGCUAAUACAUGGAAAGGUUAUUACUCCAGUCUUACAACUCUCUUUAAAUAUUUCUAACAACUACUUGUAUUACUAUUAACAUAAUAUUAAUUAUUUUUAUUCCAUUCAAUUUA